AUAGUACAUGUAUAUAAUAAUCCCCAUAAACGAACAGUUGAACACCCGCCAUAUUCCAUCUUCUCCCAAAAUCAACUUUUUUUCACACACUUCUCUCUUCCACUACCUCAAAAACCUCACAAGAAGAUUCAUCCACCAUGGCUAUGGCUUUCAAGAUGGCGACAACGGGAAUGUGGGUGACGGAUGAAUGUAAGAGCUCGUUUAUGGAGAUGAAAUGGAAGAAAGUUCAUCGAUACAUAGUGUUUAAGAUCGAUGAGAAAUCGAAAUUGGUUACAGUUGAUAAGGUUGGUGGCGCCGGAGAAGGCUAUUCCGAUCUUGAAGCUUCUCUUCCCGGCGACGACUGCCGUUACGCCGUCUUCGAUUUUGAUUUUGUCACCGUUGACAAUUGCCAUAAGAGCAAGAUCUUCUUCAUUGCAUGGGCUCCAAGUGCUUCAAGAAUAAGGGAAAAAAUGUUAUACGCAACAUCAAAAGAUGGAUUAAGAAGAGUGUUGGAUGGCAUCCACUAUGAAGUCCAAGCAACAGAUCCAACUGAGAUGGGAUUUGAUAUCAUUCAAGAUAGAGCAAAAUAAUUGAUUUAAUCAAAAUGGUUAUUUACUAAUAAAAAGACUAAUUAAUCUUGAUUUCUCACUUGUUAUUUUCGAAAGAAGAACUUAAAAAAUUCAUAACAAUAAUAAAGUUACAUGUUAUGAAUUUGAUAAUUUUUUCUCUGAAAAAAAAAAUCGAGGACCAAAAGAAGUAAAAUGGCGGCUACGAUAUAUUUUCGUGUCGAAUUUUAUAUCUGUAUAUGCAUAUUAUAAACCUAUGUUUCAAUAUGUUUAUACAGAAUAUGAAUAUUCGACUACUGAAAAUUUAUGUAAGAAUUGCUAAUUUGCUUCUAUAUUUACCAAUUUAAGAAAAUAAUUAAAAGUAUAUUUUGUCAAAUGGUUAAAAUUUAGCUAUGGUCUAUAUGGGAUGAAACAAUGGACGUUGUUUAAAACAAUUUGGUUUUGAAAAAAAUUGAUAAAAGUGAUGGAUCAUGAUAAGGUCUUUUUAGUAAAUAACCAUAGAUUAAUGAUAUGAGAUUGGAUCGAAGCUAUAUAAUAUAAUGACCCCUUCACAUCAUGUUUUGGCAUAUUUCAAUCAAUUAUAGAGUUGCCAUCUUGUUCUUAUCACUAGAUAUCCACUAUAAGUUCUUGUUGAUUAAUGCACUAAUGAUAUAACUUUAUGUACUAAUUUUGUAAUAAUUAUUGUCUUUUUUUUCUUAUCUAAUGGAAAAGGCCCCUUUUAUGUUUCUCUCAA